UCCCCUAAGCUACCGACUCAUCCCCUUUGAGAAAAAAUUGGUAACAAGCUUGAUUUUUCCCUUCCUUUUCUUGUUAAAGAACUGAUUUUAGGACCUAGAACCCUCCCUUUGAAGUGGGAAUUUCAGAUCUGCUUUGUUCUUCCCCUUUGUCUGUCUGCUGUUCUGCCGGGUGUGAAUCCUUCGGGAUUUUUGUUUUCAUGAUUUCUUCUCCGGUCUCCGUCGGCCUCCAUACCCGCCAGCUCCGGUUUUGGUUGCUGGAAAAAUUCUGGUAUGUUGAUGGCAUCUUUAAGUCCAAAAAUGGUUAACUAGUUGCUGCCUUGUGUUGUUGAAUUUUAUCAAUUUGUUGCUGCCAUGUGUGUCUGAAUUUCUGCAGAAAUAUGGAAGAAUUUGGCAGCAUUUUAAACAUGUUUUUUUUUUAGCUUAAUUCAUGUAGAAAUAAACCUGUUUUUGGCUUGAAAUUAGCUGCUGUUCUGUGUGGAAAAAUCCUGCUGUUUUGCCAAAAUUUUACUGUUCACGCGCAGUUACUGUUCACGCAGGAAAAUUUGAAAUUUGCUGCUGCGUUUUCUGCAUUUUCUGCUGCAUUUUCUGCACUUGCUGCUGCAUUUUUCUGCACUUGCUGCUGCAUUUUUCUGCAAGUUGCUGCUGUUUUCACUGUUCACGCAGAAACAUUCUGCAUUU